AUGCUCCUGCGGGCGACCGACCCAAAAAGGGAGGAAGCUCCGCACAUCGUGUUGGUGGAUUUCGGCAUCUCAGAAUUCGUGGAGGCGCGGCACCUCGCGGGUCCCUUGAAGGUCCGCGGCACGCCGAUGUACCUCUCGCCCGAAGGAUUUGAGGGGCACCUCACCGAGAAGAGUGACCUCUGGGCACUCGGGGUGGUGAUUUUCGAGAUGCUGUUGGGCCGGCGGCCCUUUCAGGCUGACAACUUGGCUCUCCUCUGGUGCAAAGUCAGCCAGAAUGAGCCCAACCUCGAUGGGCUCAAUCCAUUGGUCCUCGAGGUGGUGCAGGGGCUUCUGAACAAAGAUCCCAUCGCGCGGCUGACUGCCCAGGAGUGCCGAGGGCUGGCGUGGUUCGCCCUCCCUGAGAAUCAACUGAGGCUGUCUGAUGUUUCUGCCAGGCACGCCAAGAUUGACGCCUUGGGCAGCGUCAACUGCUUUCAUCAGAUUGCCAUGUUUGCUGUCGCCACGGGUCUCAGCAUGAAGGACAUGCGAAGCGUUUUCAAGGUCUUCCAGUCGGUGGACAAAGAUAAGUCCGGUAAUCUGGACUUCAACGAGUUCAGGGCUGCCUUAGGGCAGCUGAACAUCACGGAGGAUCCGAAGCGGCUCAUGGCCAUCUUGGACAUGGAUCAGAACGGCCGAAUCUCGUAG